AUGAAUACACAAAGAUCGGGAAAGCCGGAAUUAUUGCGACGAGUGCGGCCAAAUUUUGCUGAUGAUGUAUACGGCUCAAAUGUCUUGAAACUUAAUAGCGAACAGGUGGAGCACGAUAUUAUAGAAAAUCGAACGGAUAUUUGCGAAUCGGCGCUUGCACAGAGACGUUCGGCACAACUGCCGAAACUCAAAAAAAUAUCAAGCAAGCCGAGGCCAUUAAGCAAUGAUUUCUCGACGCGGAGUGAAAUGAAUGAUUUUGAAUUUGUUUACUCUGAUUGUGAUACACAUGCAGCAGAACUGGCUGAACUGUACACCUACAGCGAGUUAGAAGACUGGGCACUGAAUAUGCAUGCUUACCAAGAUUUCGUAGAAUCUAAAGAGCUCGAUCGUAAAUGGUCAAAACUUACGGAAAGUCAGCAGAAGAAUGUUUUGUUGAGUUUGCUGGAAGAGUUGGAACGAGUCGAACCAAAUAUACGAUUAAGUGCUGCACGAUCUAUACUUUAUAUAUUGCAGGGUGCUUAUAUGGAUUUUAUCGAUGACAGGGAUAUCACUAUUGAUGGCACCUUCGAAGAUAAUAAUGAAAGAGAAGAUGGUAACGAUUUAGGAAUAGGACAUUGCGAAGAAAAGUGUUUAACAGAGGGAGUUUUCAAUGCCUAUAAGGCAUAUGAAGCUGGAGCUUAUCAGGCAUUAUGCAAGCUGCUUUUGAUUGAAAUCCAUGAUAUUUGGGAUGGAGGACCAGUAGGAGCAGGUCAGUAUAGCCACUCGUCUUCAGUAUCAAACAGCCGUUCAGCAUCCAAUGCUGAUCUUUCAGAGAGUGUUGUGGAAAGAAAGAAUAAUCGGCGAAGUGCUACAAUGGCUGAUAACGAAGCCCUGCGUAUAACAUUAAGUGCCUUGUAUCAUAUGGUUGAGUCGAUAAGACGAUUAGAUUUGUUUGAACUCGUUGUUCCCGCAGAUAAGAAAUCUCGGUAUACUGCACUAAGGAAAGAAUUUAUUGUAGAAAUUGAAGAAGUGAUCGAGGGCGCUGAUAUGUCACUGAUUGUGGUUUUACUCGAAAUGAUGCCCGCUUUCUGCCACGGAAGUAGUCCUCACUUUCCGAUGAAAAAAGUCCUUUUACUACUUUGGAAAACACUUUUGGCAAUAUUAGGUGGUUGGAGAGAGUUGCGUGAAGGGAAAGCUGCCAAACGAGCAGCAGCAAAUUUGAGUUCAAUUGAAGAUACACUUCUUGUUGCAAGUGCAAUGAAAUCGUCUUUUAUAAAUGGCAAUGAUUCGGAGCAAAGUCAAGGUUUUGUUCGCCCGAAACGAGCUCUUCAUCCUUCAGCUCGAUUAAUUUGUCGUCAGUUUGCUUGCACUACCUCUGGUUCGCUUGAAGACAAAGGAAAUGGAGAACUGGAUAGAAUGGAAUCUGAAUGUUCAGAAAUUGACCGAGCGCCAACAGAUCCGGGUCUGACUGAUGACAGUGCUACUGUAGACGGGAAUGAUCUAAGAGACUUGGCAGCUGAAGAAUUAUCUCGAACCUCAGCUCUUGUCUUGGCAAGGGAAGAAACGCAACACAUGAAGAGCAAAUUGAGUCGCCCAAAUCCGUUAAUGCAAACUUCAUACGCAGGUGAUCACACACCGGUCGCAAGCACACCACCACCCAUGGAUAUACUUUUUCGAACAUCACUGCCGUGGAAUUCAAAAGUUCGUGAAGAAGAUAUUGAAACGUUUUUGCAGUGUGAAAGAAUGAAAUUUUUUAAUUACCGUUUGCCGAAUGAUUCAACAACAGUAUUUGGUUUACCGUUACCAAUCCAAAAAAGUAUCGAAGCAUUACGCCGUCACGUUUAUAUUUCAUUGGGUGAAUUACAAGCAAAUAGGGAAAAAGAAUUAAAUCGAUAUAUGUUUUCGCAACAAGAUAAUAUUCCAAUAACGAGUGCAGAAAAAUUGUAUCGAAUGAUGCUGCCUAAUUUGAGUCAAUACAUUAUUGCUUUAUUAAAAGUACUACUGGCUGCUGCACCUUCUUCAAAGGCAAAAAGUGAAGCAAUUAAUAUAUUAUCGGAUGUGCUUACACCUGAAACGGAUAGCAAUGAGAUAUUGUCGAAUUCGGUUAAUUUUGAUAGUUCACUCUCUAAUAUCCUUGAGCAAAGCGUUCGUAUUGCAAUCGAUGUUAAUCGACACAAAGAGAUAAUGGUUAAAGCUGCUUCUGCAAUUCUAAUAUUACUGAUGAAGCAUUUUCGAUUAAAUCACGUAUAUCAGUUUGAAUAUAUCGGGCAACAUCUUGUUUUUGCUAAUUGCAUCCCGUUAAUUCUGAAAUUUAUGGAUCAAAAUAUGGUUCGAUAUAUACAAUCGAAACAUGAACUGCGACCGUACAAUUAUCCACAUGCCCCACUUUAUUACGUACGAAAUCAUGAAGAAUGGCCGGUGCUGGAUAUUAAUAACGUCGAAGACAGUGAUUCGCAAUCACCAUCAUAUUAUCUAUGGCGUAAUGUUUUCUCAGCCAUCAAUCUCCUGCGCGUUUUGAAUAAAUUAACGAAGUGGAAACAUGCACGUACGAUGAUGCUCGUAGUGUUCAAAUCUGCGCCAAUUUUAAAACGCUCGUUAAGGGUUAAAUUGGCAGUGUUCCAGUUGUAUGUAUUGAAAUUGCUCAAAAUGCAAGCUCGAUACCUUGGACGACAAUGGAGGCGAACAAAUAUGGAAAUUAUGUCGGCAAUUUAUGCAAAAGUACGACACAGAUUGAAUGAUGAUUGGGCUUAUGCAAAUGAAACUCGCUCGAAAUCUUGGGAUUUCCAGAAUGAGGAAGCGGCACUGAAAACUGCGGUAGAAAGGUUCAACUCGAGGCGUUACGCUCGUUUAUAUCCCGCGUUUGCAUUAGAAAUUGGAGAAGCUUCAUCUCCAGGGGAUAGCUAUUUGGAUAAUGUUGAUAUAAAUGAGUUUGGACCGAUGGACAACAGUUUCCAAUCACUAUUGGGUACAAAAGUGGAACUAAGUGAUCGAUUUAAGCGUAACUAUGCCAAAUGGGUUGAUAAUGAAGUGAUUAAAAAUCAUACAAAUUGGGAUCUACUUAUGACACUUACACGUGGCAUCAUUGAUUUUGUCUGA